AUGUCUCAAUUAUCUACUCUCAUUCCUAAGGUCAGCCGUUCGAGCAACGCUAUUCCGCCUCAACCCUCGGCUAUCAUGGAAUUCGUAAAGAAUCUCAAGGCACGUCGUCGACAAGACUACCGUUAUCACCUUGAUUAUCGAACAAGAUGUCUAACCGAAAUACUCAGAGCCGACUCCGUGAUCUAUGCCUACCUCAUUGAAAAACGUGGCUUUCAUCCGCCGACCGCCGAGAUGUAUGGAGUCGCCGUGGAUGCGAAUACCGAAUUCUUCUCGUCAAUUGCUUAUCCAGCAGUUGCAGAGCUAGGUUUGCGAGUGAAUAAGCUUGGGAAAUCCAGUGUGACAUAUGAAGUUGGUAUUUUUGAGCGGGGAGUGGAGGAAGUCAAGGCCGUGUCGCAAUGUGUGCAUGUCUUUGUUGAACGAUCAACAGGAAGGCCAUCACCUGACGGUAUGAGUAUAACUUUGAGAGGAGCACUUGAGAACCUGGUUGCGGAGAAGAGAGCAGUGAAAUUGUGA